AUGUCAUCCAACAUCUCAAAUUCAACAAACAUUUCAUCUCUCAAGAAUGAAAUUCGCUUUAUUUUAUUUCUUACAUUACAAAUCCCAUCCAUCAUUUGCUCAUUAUACAUAUUUCUUCAAUACGCGACUCGAUCGAAUCUUCGUCAAUCAAUUCAUCAUCACAUUGUUCUUGUUCUUCUUUGUAGUAGUUUUCUCUUUGUAGCGAUUCCUGUGUCAGCAAGUGAAGCAUUUUUCUACACAGCAACUGUUCGACCAGCCAGUUAUCUUUUCUGUUCGAUCUGGACAUGGGUACACUAUACAACAAAUAUAGCCAACUUAAUCUUAAUGUCAUUUUCGUGUAUUGAACGUCAUUUGCUUAUCUUUCGUUUAAAUCCAUUGAGAACACGUUUUCGACGGAUAGUUUAUCAUUAUAUUCCAAUAGUUGUAUGUUUAUUAUAUCCCGCAUUGUUUUAUUUUAUCUUAAUUUUCCUCUAUCCAUGUGAACCUGUUUAUGAUUUCAGUCAACUUCUUUGUAUAAUGCCUUGUUAUUUUAUGAAUAUUCCAAUUGGUAAUGUUGAUACAUUUGUAAAUAAUUGGAUGCCAAUCUUUGCUAUUCCAUUGUUAAGUCUCGCUUUAUUUGCUCGUUUUCUUCUUCAAAAACGUCAGGUGCAUAUUGAAAUUUUUCAAUGGAAACGAGAUCGAAAAAUGGUUAUACAAUUAUUAUCUAUUGCAUGUCUGUAUUUUUUUAUGUGGGCACCAUUGAAAUCAGUUUCAAUUUAUAAUUUAGUUUGGCGAGUAAAACUCUCGAGUCAAUUUCAAAUCGAUUAUAUGUUUAUUUUGCCUUAUUUCAUUCAUUUAUUCUAUCCAUUUGUUAUUUUAUUCACGAAUUCUGAAUUUCGACGAAGAAAUCGAUUACAACCAAAUUUCAUUACUCCAAUUCAUCGACGUGGAAAAACCUGUGCGAUUCAACGCUCGAAUAAAUAA